AUGUUUUCUCGGAAUGUCAUAGGAAGAGAAGAGGAUAAUUCUCACUUGAAAAAACCAAAGAUUACCAAUCAGAUGAUCAUUGAAAAACUCAAUACUUUAAUGUCUCCAGAGAAGAGAAGCAAAGCCGUUCGGAAGAUACGUUCUGAUAGAGAGAACAAGGAAUUAAUUACUGAAUUGGAUAACCUUGUGUUGCAAGAUGACAAACCUAUAUUGGCUCAAGUAGAUAUUCUGAAAAAGGAACUCGUAGAAUUUGUUUCGGAAAGCGUAAAACAAAAUUCGUCAGAAAUUAUUGAACAUUCUGCACAACCUCAAUCCUAUUUCUCACAACAAGAAAUUACCAAAAUUCGUUCCAUCUAUAAGAACAGUGUUUUCUUUAAGAACAGCAACGUAAAGCCAGAAAGCUACUUUUUAAACUACAAUGUUCUAGUGUAUAAGUCAAAGGAUCAAAGCGAUUUAUAUUAUAUUGGUCAUCAGCUUUUGAAAUAUGUGUUGACAAAAUAUUUCAAUCAACAUUUAAACCUAAUAGUAGAAGAAAAGCCAGAAGACAAAAGGACAUCUCUUAAUAUUAUCAAUGACGAGAUCACCAAAGAAUUCCAAAUUCAAGAACACUUAAUGGAAUAUUUCUUGAAUCAACGCCAACUCUUCUACUUAUACUCUCGUCAAAAUAACCUUUACGAGUUAGAUCCUUUUUUGAAACAAAUUGACUUUACAUCUGCUGAUUUUCUUGACAGAACUGCUCAUGAAAGAUUGUUUAAGGCGCUAAUUGGAAAUAUUUACAUGAACAUUCAAUCUUUUGAUGUCAUGAUGAACCAUAUUUUGUACCCUUUUAUUGUCAAAGAAUUCAUUCCCAGCUUUACAGAACUCAUUCAAAACAACUUGUCUCAAAUUUCAACAAAAAGACCCUUCCAGAAACAAAUGAGCAUUGUUGAGCAAUUUGAAUAUUUUCACUCACGACAUUACAAAUCUCUUCCAACAUAUACUUCUGUAGCAACAGCGGGAGAUGACAUACAAAUGGUACAAGUUUAUUCAAAUAACAAUCAAUUAUUGUCUAUUGGAUAUGGCAAAGAUUACCAAACUGCAAAAGAGGAUGCAGCAAGAAGAGCAAUCUUACACUUUUGUUAA